AUGUCCCUGCAGAUGCGCGAGGUCCGCAGCCGCAUGGAGAAGGAUGAGAAGCUGGGGGCGCUGAUGGCGGGGUUCAGGGGAAGCAACCUGGACGAUGCCGACUUUGCGCGCAGCGACACCUCCAUGCGCUUCAUGGAGGUGGAGGGUGAUGCGGGCGAGCAGCUUCCCCUGGAAUACGACCCGGCCGCCAUCUCGGCCUACUGGUGGGUGGCGCCGGCGGCCGCCGCCGGCCGCCGGUCGGGCGGCGGGCGGCGCCUCGGCACCAGCGGCUGGCUGGCUGCCGCCCUGAAAGAUCUGGAAAUGGACGUGCGCCCCGUCAGCGUGGUGCGCCGCAUCGUGCAGCUCAUCGGCAUCGCGGGCAGCUUCCUCACUGGCAUCCUGACUGAUGUCGCGACCGACAAGGUCAAGGCGAACGAGGUGAAGCGCGCCAUUGAGCUGCGGGAGAUUGUGACGUCACUCGGCCCCGCAUACAUCAAGCUGGGGCAGGCGCUGUCCAUCCGCCCCGACCUGCUGAGCCCCGCGGCCAUGGGUGAGCUGCAGAAGCUGUGCGACAAGGUGCCCUCCUUCGACAGCAGGAUAGCCAUGCAGGUGGGCCAGCGGGAGGGAAGGGAGGUAUAG